AUGGAUCAUUCUGUUCGGGAGAGGGGGCUAGUCGACUCAUCGCCUCCAAGUCAAGCGUCUAUUUCCCGGGAUGAGACAAUAGAAUCGGGUGAGAAGACUAUAACCGAUUUUAAUAGUGAUGCCUUGUCCUUCGAUCGUGGCUUGCAAGCUUGGCUGCAAGUUUUCGCUUCCUGGCUUCUCUUCUUUAAUACAUGGGGCAUCGUGACAGCUUUUGGCGUGUUUCAAACAUAUUACGAGCAGGAAAUUCUUUCUCAUAGAUCUCCUUCUGCCAUUUCAUGGAUUGGUUCAACGCAGUCGUUCCUCCUCCUCUUUAUUGGAGCAGUAACAGGGCCACUUUUUGAUGCCGGAUAUUCCAGGCAGCUUUUAUUUGCUGGCAUGUUCCUGGUGCCGUUUGGGUUGAUGAUGACUAGUAUCUCCCAAAAAUUUUGGCAUAUCUUACUUGCACAGGGCUUCUGUGUUGGAAUAGGCUGUGGGUGUCUGUUUAUGCCCUGUCUGGCCAUUAUUCCGCAGUACUUCAAACAAAAAAGGGCAUUUGCAAGUGGUGCUGCUGCUACCGGUAGCGGUGUUGGCGGCGUACUAUAUCCAAUCAUAUUUCGCCAACUUCAGUUGAGAAUCGGCUUUGCCUGGGCUGCUCGAGUUCUUGGGUUUGUCUCGUUUGGCAUGAUCCUGGUCUCUUUUGCUAUAUUGCAGAUCAGAUUUCAACCCACCGAGAAACGUUCAUUGAUCCAGCUUUCCGCAUUCAAAGACCCAGUGUAUAGCCUAUUUUGUGUUUCUCAGUUCGUUGGAAUUGCUGGGCUAUAUAACGUCAUGGUAUACGUUCAAUCAUAUGCCAUUAAGAAUCAUAUUAUGAGCGAUAAUCUGGCAUUUUAUCUUCUCGCCCUUCUUAACACGGCUUCCGCCUGCGGCAGGGUCCUUCCGAACUAUUUUGUCGACUAUGUCGGUCCACUCAACAUAAUUUUCCCCAUGGCCCUGGUCUCUAGCCUUCUCGCCUUUUCCUGGAUUGCAAUUUACUCGUCUGCCGGGAUAAUCGCGCUUGUGGUUCUAUAUGGUUUCUUUACAGGCGGUUACGUUUCAAUUGCCCCUGUUGUGAUAAUGACCAUCACCCCCGACCUUCGAGACUAUGGUACUCGACUGGGUAUGUCCUUCAUUUUUGUUGCCACUGGUGCUCUGAUAGGUACCCCGAUCGGUGGCGCGAUCGUUAGUUUCAUGCAUGGAGAUUACCUGGGGGUGAAGAUAUUUGCUGGUGUAUGCCUUUUCAGUUCCGGCGUUUUAAUGGCUGCUACUCGAUUCACAAAAACGGGUCCACGCCUGUUUGCGAAAGCAUGA